AUGGGAAGAGGGAGAAGCUCAUCGUCUUCAUCGAUAGAGAGUAGCUGCAAAAGCAACCCAUUUGGUGUCUCAUCGAGUACUACUCGGAACCUAAGCACGGACCUGAGGCUUGGGCUCAGCUUCGGAUCAUCGUCCGGACAAUAUUACAACGAUGUUGGAGAGAAUCACGAGUAUGGUGUUGUUGCGGCUGAUCAUGAAAUGAUCAUGGAAGAAGAACAAAACGAGUGUAAUAGUGUUGGAAGCUUCUACGUGAAAGUAAACAUGGAAGGAGUUCCUAUUGGAAGAAAGAUUGAUCUUUUGUCUCUUAAUGGUUAUCAUGAUUUGAUCACAACUCUCGAUUACAUGUUCAACGCCUCCAUCCUUUGGGCAGAAGAAGAAGAGAUGUGUAGUGAGAAGAGUCAUGUGCUAACGUACGCAGACAAAGAAGGUGAUUGGAUGAUGGUUGGAGAUGUUCCUUGGGAGAUGUUUUUGUCUAGCGUGAGAAGACUCAAGAUCUCAAGAGCUUAUCACUACUGA